UCUGUAUCCAGUAACAGCUGGUGUCGGGGCGUAAUGACCUUUUGUCUCCCGGCGGUCAGGUACGGAGAGGGGGGCGGAGAUUCAGAAAGAACCGCUUCAUAUCGGACUGGUCCCGGCGUCCCGGACAACAAAUGGCCGUGAACCGACAGUGAGGGAGAGUGUGAUCCAGGUUUCUUUUUUUUUCUCAGUGCGACUACAGUUAGAGCUGCCUCCAUGCUCACAUAGUAGGUUAUUGAGGGGGAAAAGCGCUCUUUAUCCUCACACUCAGUACAUUUUAUCCAUCUGGCAGAAUGAUGGGAGAGUCCUGUUGACACCACGGAGAGAUAUACGCUGAGACCGACUAUGGCUGUGGACGCGGCGUCCAGCUUCAGUUUUUGCCGUGCCUCCCUGGAGCACACGGUGUCUGCUGAAGAGCUGAGCUACCAGCUGCCGCGUCGCGCCGGAGGCAGCAACCUGACCUGGCACGACGGCCGCGGCCAGAAGACAGCGCACACACGCACCGUCAAACUACUGCAGCAACCCGGCACAGAGGGCAUCCAGUUGCGCCCGGGCGAAGCCUUCACUGUGUAUCACACCAGUCCUACUCUGUCCAGUCUGUCCAAACCUGUGGUGCUGUGGACUCAGCAGGAUGUCUGCAAGUGGCUUAAGAAACACUGUCCUCACAACUACCUGACCUAUGUAGAAGCCUUCUCCCAUCACGCCAUCACAGGGCGGGCGCUGCUGCGUUUGAAUGGGGAGAAGCUGGAGAGAAUGGGAAUCAUCCAAGAGACGCUGAGACAGGAGGUCCUCCAACAAGUCCUCCAGCUGCAGGUCAGAGAAGAGGUCCGCAACCUGCAGCUCCUUAGUAGAACCUCCUUUGGAAACUUCUCUUAGCUCAUCCCUGGAUCCAUCUGGCAGCCUUUGCCCUCAUCCCCUGUCACAAUACAUCUCUAGGAGCCAUGGAAUAGCUGCUGUCUUCAGAUAUGUGAGCAGAGAAUCAACGAGUGAAAGGGGGAGAGGACGGGCCUAUAGACCACAUGCCAACCAGUCUGGAGGAUUCUCAUUCAACACGGCCAAUCUGGUUUACAGACACUGAGACAGAGACAAAGCCCCGCUCAAGGCAGGGGUACCCACUGUAACAUAGUGAUAAGAUGUAAGAUUCACAACACUAGUGAUGAUGUAGGCCUGUCACUGGUAUAUGCUUGAUUACAGCAAAUCUCCUUUUUGGUUUCCUGUCUCAUUUGGAUUGGACUGACUGGGCAAUUUGGACAGAACCUUGGUGAAAAACCACACAUAUGCUUUACAUGUGUACAAACAGGAUUUUCCCUCUCUCUUCUUGUUAAAGUCAUUAUAUGAAUAACUCUUUGACAUGGUUUUAUAUCUCCUUAAUCUUUGAACCAAAUGAUGCUGAAAACAUAUAGAUGAUGGUUAAUCUUGUGGUGUAAACAUAGAUUUACAUGCAGUGCCACUGUUAGGCCACUGGAUCUAAAGUGAAGGAAACCUCCAGUUGAUCUCCAUCUCCCUUUGAAGCUACAACACCAGGCCUGUUCACAAGGAAUUAGAGCUGGUCUGAAAUGCAUUUGACUAAUGCAAUACAAUCCUAAUCAAUUCCUCACCCACAGGUCACACCGCAUUUUCCUCUCAGGACUUUAAUUUUAGUAUUGGAGGUUUGGAGGAUCAACAAUAACACUUUAAGCCGAAUGUCAUUCCAACAAUCAGUCUUUUUAUAUUGUGACUGAUCUGAAGUAUGUCAGUGAGAAAUUAGAAAUAUAUAUAUAUAUACAUAUAUAUAUACAGUAUGAGUGUAGAAUAACAUACACUGUAAAUCUGUGUAUACUGUGACAGUACCUUAGUCUUUUAUUAAUGGAGUGGAUCCCAAGGACAGAGAGUUAAUGUGAUAAUCACUGACUGUUUAUGCUUUGAUAAAGCAAUAUUAAGAAAUCUUUUUUUAAUGAGUUGAUAUGCAGUAUGAGUGUCUGCUGAGGGAAAUAUACAUUUUGCCUGUUACAGUGGCCGCAUUUACCAGCCUCAUAGCUUCUGUCCUUUGUGUGUGCUGCUGUAUAUUGUAUGUCAUCUCUCGCACACAAAUACUAAGAAAAAGGACAAGCCUCUGUUGUAUUUUCUGUCCCUGGUGUGACACUGUGAUUUCAAAUGCUCAGAAAUCAAGAUACUAUGACAGCUACCCAGAUGCAAGAUUCCCAGCGAACACCUUUGAUGUCACCCUAGACAGCAGCAGACAGCUAUGUGUGAUGAUGAUGUUUAAGUCACAUAAAUUGUUACAUUAAAUAAAUAACUUAACUUCCAACAAACAAAACAUCCCCAAUCCCUACAUUCCCAUCCCUCCAUCUGUCCUUUGACAAGGAGUCUUUGGGUAAUGUAAGUAAUUGACUGUUAAAAGGGAGAAAACACAUUGUAUAAUUUUUGGAUAACCUGAUGUAGCCUACUGUAAAUAUUAACACUUUUGGUUUCCUUUCUGAUGAUUGAUGAACUGUUUGAAAUGCAAAAAGGAAAAAUUAAACAUAUUUAUCUGCUUUACAGAUAUGAAGACAUAUGGUAUGGAAUGUGAUGAAAGCUGUCUUUUUAGAAUAAACUAAUUGAGAUUGUUGGUCCUGA